AUGUUGAUCGUAUCACUUUCAUUGGUGGCCACAGGAACGGAUCUUAUCCUCGGCACUUCACCAUCCACUACCCUGAAUACUGCCAGCAGCAGAACAUUCUUCAUAUCAAACCUCCAUUGGCUUUCCAGCUUGAACUGGGUAGAUUUUCACAUUUCACCAUCAUGCCAGUUUUCACCAGGAACGGUAAUGUCCAUAUCUACGAGGUAUACGGUAAGGAGGUUCAGAGAGAUAAGAGGUACUUUACUCAUGCCAUCAUUUGUCAGGACCGCCUGUAAGAUGAGAUUCCUACUGCUGAUUACUUGCUUUCCGAGACCGAUCACCUGGUUAAUGAUAUCCUUGAUCCUUUGGAGUUAUUGGAAAUAA